CCCCGCAUCACCUCCCGUCUACCACAGCAUCCUUUCCAUCGGUCUUGUCACUUUACCCAACUCUUUCACCUCUUCCAACCCUCGAAGCAGUCAAAAUGUCGAACGAGCACGCCACUCAAGAUGCCGAAAAGGUCUACAGCGGUGGUGCGCCCACUCAACGUGCCGUGACACCUGGCGGACACAACAUCGACACCACCCAGCCCGCCUUCCCAGUUUUCCACCGCAAAUUCGCUAACCCCGCUCCUUUGGGCCUGUUCGGCUUCGCGGCAACUACUUGGACUCUGUCGUUCUACAACGCCGGCGUUCGCGGCGUUUCUGUGCCCAACGCUGUCAUCGGUCUUGCAGUCGCUUACGGUGGUCUGGCCCAAUUCGUCGCUGGUGUUUGGGAGUUCGCAUCCGGAAACACAUUCGGCGCUACCGCUUUCUGCUCUUACGGAGCCUUCUGGUGGAGCUACGCUGCCCUCUUCAUCCCAUUCUUUGGUGUCCAAGAGGCUUUCAUGGCCGAAAACGCUUUCGACUCCCAGUUCACUUCCGCUGUCGGCAUCUAUCUCACCUCUUGGGGAAUUUUCACUUUCAUCAUGCUGCUCGCCUCUUUCCGAGCUUCCAUUGGUCUCGCCUCUCUGUUCCUCUUCCUGGACAUCACCUUCUGGCUCCUGGUCGGCGCGGAGUUCAGCGGCAACUCCAUGGUCGAGGUUGCUGCUGGCGCUUUCGGCAUCAUUACUGCUGCCAUCGCCUUCUAUGUCGGCGCUGCCGGCUUGCUGACUCCCGAAACCAGUCUCUUCACCCUCCCUGUCGGUGACCUCUCUCGCAAGGACUGAGCGUCGCCGCCAAUGGACGCAGACAGCACGGUGUCAUGUCAAUGCGCUUCGCCGUCCAGCCGAGACUGCACACUCCCUGCUAACCUUCGCACGACUGCAUUAUAUCCAGCUCCGUUCCCGUAUCCAGUCUCUCAUCAUCGAGUUCUUGUACCACUUCCACACCACACUGGUGGAGCAACGGUCUUUCAGGGUAAAGCGUCCCUCGGCCUUUGCUCAUCGCGGUCUUUGACUUGCAUUGACAUCGAUUUCGAACGAG